AUGGUGUCUAAAGAUGUGACCAGACUCGGUACAGUCUUAAACACAUCAAAAGAACUGCUCACUUUAGAUGCCCUGAAAAUUAGUGUUUUAGUUCUGACAGACGUAUCUAGGCCAAGACGCCAAUCCUUCAUCAUAACAACGUCACCAGAAUCUUUACUUUCGGAAUGGCGCUGGCAAGAGCAAAAAAAGGAUCUCAUUUCUUGGAAAACAUCAUGAAGGCGUUGGCAUUUAUAUUGUUCUCUGCCGUCACGAUCGCCCAAGCUGAUUACAAGGUUGGAGUAGGGAGGGCCGAUUGUACAGGACCUGCCGCUGAAAUUGGUUUUGUGAGUUUCAUAAUAUAUUA